AGAGAUAUGGCGGCAUAGGAGAAGCUCGUCCGAAUCAUUACAAGUUUAUAGCUCCUGAAAACUUUGAUUUUACCAUUAAAGCAAUGUAAACAGAUGGGAAAGAGGGGCAAAGAUGGACACUAGGUUUAGGAGUAAGAAAUCUCUGCAACAAGCCGGUUUUUAUGACGAGGGUGAACAGAGUGUCUGGCGAGGGUGGCGCAAAAUCCCAGGACACGGCCGAUUUGGGCCUAAUUCUUCGAGAACUGAGAGACUUCUGUCAGGACAAUAAAAAACACCUUGAAGAUAUCAAAGACGAGAUUAUGAAAACUGAUAACAGACUUGCGGAGGCGGAAAAUAGAAUCGAGAAAGCGGAGGAGAGAAUCCAAAACACGGACGACAUUUUAGCUGAAAUGCUAAAGCUACUAGCGCAACUGGAGGCUAAAAUUACAGAUCAAGAGAGUCGUUCUAGACGCGAAAACAUCAGAAUCUACGGGUUACCCGAGGGGGCAGAGAGUGAUUCCGCGUGUAUGAUCUCCUUUGUGGAGAAAACUUUGCGAGAAAAUCUCGACAUUCCGAGCGAGGAACCUCUCCACGUUGAGUGGGCUCACCGCUCCCUCGGCACGCAGCCCCCUGCUGGAGCUCAGCCAAGAUCCAUCCUGGUAAAGUUCCUCAGCUACAGAACGAAGGAAACUGUCCUCCGUCUAGCAUGGCAAAAAAAAGGUUUCACUUGGGAGGGUAAACAAAUCAAUCUGGACAAUGACUAUGCACCGCGGGUGUUUGAAAAUCGAAAAGCAUACGCAGAAGUUCGAAAAGUCCUGAAAGAGAGAGGAAUUCGAUUUCAAACGUUAUACCCGGCCCAACUACGAGUGAAAUACGAGGAUGGAUUCAAGACGUAUGAGAUAACAGAGGAGGCAACAGAAGACAUGUCAAAGAGAGGACUCCCCGUAGGAGUUAUCAAGCCACCGGCGACGUUGAUGCAACAGCUUCAACAGCUUACCUGGCACAGAGUGGGCGGUCCAAGAGAACAUGCAUUGCUCAACAGGCGUAAAGCAAACUACAAGGAGAAACUACAGCCCUUCAGACGAGACCGGCCUCCAAACAACGUGGUGAAAUCAUAGAAAAGAAUCAUGUGAAGAAACAGCACUGUUGAGCAUCAUGUGUCUUCAAAAUACGGACCAGUCCAGUAUGUGACACUACAGUGUGGUCGGUCACAAGUUGAAGCUGCUUUGUGGCGAGAGGCGGCUCUUACCAAUAUUGCGCUGGGGGAACAAAGGGCCAUAACUCAUUUGAGGGUUCAGAGAUGUGGGAAGCUGAAUUCCACAUCCUACACUGAGGUGAAGAAGAUGGAGAUCGCGAAAGCGUUUUUGGAAGUGGAGGUUUUAGGAGUUUCGAGAGAAGCGGAAACAAAUGAAACGCUCUUCUUGACUGCGGAAAUGGAAGAGUUGACGGUUCCUGCUACUUUGUGGAGUGGGGAUAUCGAUGUGGUGGCCGAAGCUGUGCCAGCCAAAGUUUCGGUUGAAGUAGAAGGAGGGGUAGUGUGCGCCCUGGA